GGGAGAGAAACCAGACCGAGGUGCUGCGGAGCGCGGACGCAUGUGCAGAGCGGGUCUGGCGGAGAAUGUAGGAGGAAGUUUCCUGGUGGAGCCGCAGAAGUUGUUUGGGUGCCACCCGGACCUCCCACCCCAAUUCUGGCCUGGCUGAAGUGCGGCAACGAGAAGGCUUAUGGCAGGGAGCCCGGUCCCACACAGGUCACAGACGCAGGUGAGAGAAGAGACCCGGCGGAUCUUGGAAGCAUUCUUACAAAGAGCACUAAGCCCUAGAGACACAGGUCGUCUGGGUCAUGUGGGCCGUACCUAUCAUGACCCCCAAAGUUACAUGUACAGGUCCCCAAAUGAACAUGCCCCGCACUGUCAAGCCUGGACCAACGUCCACGAGGAGAUUAACCGGGUGGAAGAGAGCAAGCAUGGCUUCCGUACCAGUAUCAAGAAGCUGUUGCGGCGGAAGCCUAGCCCCCGAACGCCCCCUGACGGCCCUCCUCCUUCUAAGGACUCCUUAAAGCGAUCCAAGUCUGCAGGGGAGGGGGCUCGACAGAAGCGCAGCUUCUCCUUCAAGAGCCUCCUGCGGAAGAAGGGGACUCCUUCGGGGGAGACGGGAUAUCCUGCUGAGCCCAGCCAGCGCCCCGACUCCUUGCCUCUUACCCCUUGCUACUGUGACCAACUUCAGGCUAGCCAGAAGCCUCAGCCAGAGCCCCAGGCAACCAAUAAUGAGGCAGAGGAAACUGGGUUUUAUACACUUGUGGCCCAGAAACUGGACCACUUGGUGAAGCAGCAACAGCAGCUGAUCAGCCCUUCCACUGGGAAAGCCUUACCUUCUCCCCCAGACCGGUUUCGUUCUUUUCCCACCAAUGGUGUAUCGGGUGCUUCAGUUAAUUCACUUGAGCUGCAAGGAGGCAUGAAUGAAAAAGAGCAAAUCCUCCAGAAAUUGGUCGCCCUCCUGGAAGAACAGGCCGGAAUCAUCAACAAAGAGAUCGAAGCAGACCCUCAGCUCCGGAGCACCAUCUCCCGUCUGUCUUACCGCAGCUUCUCUCGCAUGGCCGAGGCCUUCACCUCCCGCUCCUCGCCCGGAAUCCCAAGUCCGCAGCUGGCCAAGCUAGCACUCACCAUGGAACUGACGCGGAAAGUGGCCGGCAUCAGCAGCCACACCGUGCACACCCUCAUGGGCUACAGUCUGCAGUAUAUGGAUAUGUUUGUGCCGUGGCUACAGCAGCAGGGUGGCUGGGAGAACAUCGUGGCCCAGGAUGAGAUGUUUGACCGGCAAAUUGAUUAACCCUCACACAGGAGGGAUGGGGAUGGGAUCUGCAUGCUCCCAAACCCACCACCAAAUGCCAGUGUUCUUAGGGCUGGGUCCCUAGGGAGGGUAUGCACAUGGGACUUCUUCUGUGAAAACUAACCCCUGGGGGGUAUCUUUCUUUCUUUUAAAAAAAUUAUUUCAUAAAAGUCCCUUUACUUCUCUCCCUGCCAGGAGACGUGCCAAGAUUUCCUAACACUGUGAAGCAAACCUUGAUUUUUGACAUUUGUGACGCUAAAGUGCUAAAUCUCGGGAUCUAGAAUUCUACACUAACAUGAGCAGCGUGUCAUCCUAAACAAGAGUUAUACCCUCAUUGAUACAAAUGGAUUCAGGGGAUUACUCUGUUUAGGAAUGCAUUAGCCCAGCUGCAGUCAACUUGAAGCAAUUUGACCACUUUGCACUUUGUUUUGUUGUGGUUUUAUUCUUUUAGUAUUUAGAGAGCUGUUUGUUUUUUUAAUUGUCAUUCUCUUGGGAAAGGAGAUCUGUAAUUCUGCCGUUAGGUAAAACCCAAGAGAAAAGCGGAUAUGAUUUUAACAAAUAAUUUUUAAAAUCUACUUCUUAUAUGGGUGUUUAGAUGUACUUAAAAAUAAUAUUUUGCAUUGAUGAGAACUGGCAGCUUGGUUGUGUUUUUAAAAUGAAGUGAUAGCUGUGAAUUAUGGGAUUCCACAGGAGGGACAGCGUCAUCUUCUGGCUCUAUUUAAUCAUUCUGUGUGCCUUAUACCUGAGAAAUGAACAUGAUCCUGUGCAUAUUUCCUCAAAAGUAAGUGUAUAGAACCAGCAGCCCAAGUAAGUGUGCAUUAGGGCUAUACCCUAAGACUUCAAGCCUCUCUAUAUAAAGUACUGUAAAGCUGGAGUUAAGUGGGACUGUCUGCCAGGAAAAUCUGUGUAGGCUUGGGCUGCUUUUUGUGAACAGAACAUAACCUACAAACUCAGGGAGUAUGUGUGAGCGUUUACGUAGAACACUAGUAGAGCCUUGGAAAGACUGUGAUUGUUUGUUUAAGAAACUUUUAUUAAAAUAUUUAAAUGUUGAA